CAGUGGCCCAGGUUUGGAGGCAACCUCCCAGUCUCUCUUUGCAUGGGGAAGUGUGCAGAGUUCUCUUAGAACGCCCAGUCACAGGGUGUAAAGACUGCUCUUACACUUCCUGUAAUCUCAGCAUGGGAACAAGCCUUUGUGUCACACUGUGCAACCGUCCUCCCUUUCUUAAAUGCUUGGGUUGAGAGAGAAGAGAGGCUAGGGUGGGGCAUGGAGGACACACAGAGAGAGAGAGUGCUGUGUAUUCCUUCCCAGCUACUGUCCUGUCCUCAGCUAACUUGGUCUGGAACAGUUUCCCCAGGGCUACAGAUACUGCACCCAGCUGACUGUCCUUUCUUCUGGGCCCCCGGUCCCAGAGCAGAGCUGACAAAGGAGAUUCCUGAGAGAGUGACUUCUUAUCACAGAAAGUGCUGAGCCAAGAGCUCCUAGCCACCCCUUUUGCAGAUGUGAAGGGCCAGUGAACCUUGGACACAGAUGGUUGCUUAACAGUCCUUUCCCCCUCCCUCACUCCUUCCUUUGCAGGCUGCCUCACCUCCUCCACCCUUCUUGCUUAAAUCCAUAGGCAUUUUUCUGGCCUUCCCUUUUACUGCUGGCUGGGAAGGAGAAGCAUCAGACCACAGAUCCUGGAAGGCACUUCUCUUCCUGACUGCUGCUGGCACUGCCGUGAGAACCUGCUUAUAUCCGGGACCGAGGAGUAAGUGGCAAUGCCAGGAAGCUGGUGAAGGGUUUCCUCUCCUCCACCAUGGUUGACAGCACUGAGUAUGAAGGGGCCUCCCAACCUGAGGUGGAAACCUCCCCUUUGGGUGAUGGGGCCAGCCCAGGGCCGGAGCAGUUAAAGCUGAAGAAGGAGAUCUCACUGCUUAACGGCGUGUGCCUGAUUGUGGGGAACAUGAUCGGCUCGGGCAUCUUUGUUUCCCCCAAGGGUGUGCUCAUAUACAGUGCCUCCUUUGGUCUCUCUCUGGUCAUCUGGGCUGUCGGGGGCCUCUUCUCCGUCUUUGGGGCCCUUUGUUAUGCGGAACUGGGCACCACCAUUAAGAAAUCUGGGGCCAGCUAUGCCUAUAUCCUGGAGGCCUUUGGAGGAUUCCUUGCUUUCAUCAGACUCUGGACCUCCCUGCUCAUCAGUGAGCCCACCAGCCAGGCCAUCAUUGCCAUCACCUUUGCCAACUACAUGGUACAGCCUCUCUUCCCAAGCUGCUUGGCCCCUUAUGCUGCCAGCCGCCUGCUGGCUGCUGCCUGCAUCUGUCUCUUAACCUUCAUCAACUGUGCCUAUGUCAAGUGGGGAACCCUGGUACAAGAUAUUUUCACCUAUGCUAAAGUAUUGGCACUGAUCGCGAUCAUCAUUGCAGGCAUUGUUAGACUUGGCCAGGGAGCCUCCACUCAUUUUGAGAAUUCCUUUGAGGGUUCAUCAUAUGCAGUGGGUGACAUUGCCCUGGCACUGUACUCAGCUCUGUUCUCAUACUCAGGCUGGGACACUCUCAACUAUGUCACUGAAGAGAUCAAGAAUCCUGAGAGGAACCUGCCCCUCUCCAUUGGCAUCUCCAUGCCCAUUGUCACCAUCAUCUAUAUCUUGACCAAUGUGGCCUAUUAUACUGUGCUAGACAUGAGAGACAUCUUGGCCAGUGAUGCUGUUGCUGUGACUUUUGCAGAUCAGAUAUUUGGAAUAUUUAACUGGAUAAUUCCACUGUCAGUUGCAUUAUCCUGUUUUGGUGGUCUCAAUGCCUCCAUUGUGGCUGCUUCUAGGCUUUUCUUUGUGGGCUCAAGAGAAGGCCAUCUCCCUGAUGCCAUCUGCAUGAUCCAUGUUGAGCGGUUCACACCAGUGCCUUCUCUGCUGUUCAACGGUAUCAUGGCAUUGAUCUACUUGUGCGUGGAAGACAUCUUCCAGCUCAUCAACUACUACAGCUUCAGCCACUGGUUCUUUGUGGGGCUUUCUAUUAUGGGUCAGCUUUAUCUGCGCUGGAAGGAGCCUGAUCGACCUCGUCCCCUCAAGCUCAGCGUUUUCUUCCCGAUUGUCUUCUGCCUCUGCACCAUCUUCCUGGUGGCUGUUCCACUUUACAGUGAUACCAUCAACUCCCUCAUCGGCAUUGCCAUUGCCCUCUCAGGCCUGCCCUUUUACUUCCUCAUCAUCAGAGUGCCAGAACAUAAGCGACCUCUUUACCUCCGAAGGAUCGUGGGGUCUGCCACAAGGUACCUCCAGGUCCUGUGUAUGUCAGUUGCUGCAGAAAUGGAUUUGGAAGAUGGAGGAGAGAUGCCCAAGCAACGGGAUCCCAAGUCUAACUAAACACCAUCUGGAAUCCUGAUGUGGAAAGCAGGGGUUUCUGGUCUCCUGGCUAGAGCUGAGGAAGUUGAAAAGGAAAGCUCACUUCUUUGGAGGCACCUGUCCAGAAGCCUGGCCUAGGCAGCUUCAACCUUUGAACUUACUUUUUGAAAUGAAAAGUAAUUUAUUUGUUUUGCUACAUACAGUUCCAGACUUUUAAAGCGGACAAUAGAGGAGACUGGGGAGAGGAGCAUGUCAGGUGUGGGCUUGGUGGUUUUAGAAGCACCUGAGUGCGCCUACCUACUCCUCUUUUCUUUUAAAAGGGCCCACAAUCCUCCAAUUAUCUCCUUUAGAGAGACAUCAAACUAUCACAGGUGCUGGAUGACAAUAAAAAGUUAUGUUCCUAAA